AUGGCUUUAACACUGGACACAAAAUCUAUUGUUACCCUUUUCAUAUUUUUGUGGACUUGCACGUUUUGUGUCAUGUCUCGCACACUCUCUGAAUCUUCCAUUGCCAAACAGCAUGAAGAGUGGAUGGCCUUGCAUGACCGUGUUUAUGUUGACGAUGUAGAGAAGCUCAAACGCCUACAGAUAUUCACGGACAACUGGGAGUUCAUAGAGAAACACAACAAUGGAGGAAACAAGAGGUACAAUUUAAGCCUAAAUGGUUUUGCUGACUUAUCUAACAAAGAAUUCCUUCAGUCUCACACAGGAGCUCUCUACGACCCGUCCAAGAUUAAGGACAAUUUUGGGUACCAAAAUGUGAGUGUUACUAACAUUGAGCCAAGCUUGGAUUGGAGAACCAAAGGAGCUGUCAACCAAAUCAAGUACCAAGGCCGCUGUGGGAGUUGCUGGGCAUUUUCAUCAGUGGCAGCUGUUGAGGGUAUUAUCCAAAUAACAACAGGCAAUUUGGUUUCAUUGUCUGAGCAGCAAUUGGUGGAUUGUACCAGCAAUGAUGGCUGCAGUGGACAAGCUGUGGAGAGGGCCUAUGCGUAUAUAGAAAGCCAGGGUCUUGCAAAUGAAGCAGAAUACCCUUAUGAGGGAAGACAUGGGACUUGUCAUGGUGGUGUACUAGUUGAUGCUAAAGGACAAGCAUUUCAGUUUUACUCUGGCGGUGUUUUUACUGGUGAGUGUGGAACUGAACUGAACCAUGCAGUCACAGCAAUUGGGUAUGGUGAGGACCCAGAUGGCAAGUACUGGUUGAUAAGGAAUUCAUGGGGCCAACGAUGGGGUGAGGGUGGUUACAUGAAGAUGAAGAGGGAAGUUGGUAAUCCUGAAGGUCUCUGGCAUUACCCUGCACGCCUCUUAUCCAAUAGCUUAAGUAUGUGUGUCAGAGAGGGUGCUACUGGCUAA